GUGAUUAUGAUAAAGUGCUACCGUGCUCAAUAUUAGUUUGAAACCAAUCUAUACAAAUGUUAAAUCGUUUUUAUAUCAGAGGUCUCGUAUCACCUGAAAAUGUUUUAUCGAGUGCAACUUAACAAAUUUCAGCACAAUUGAGAUUCUCUAUAUAGUAAUCUGAAAAGCAAGAUGUAUCAAAGUGUGAUGAUGUUGAACAUUUUGAAAUGCUUUCUAUGCAUGAAUAUGAUAAAGUUAGCGAUGUUGUAUCCAGAAACGUCGGGAAUUAAUCACACUGAAAAUCUGCUGUACGAUCUUUUAUUGGAUUAUGAUUUGUACGUCAGACCGGCGCAACAGGCGAAUGAGAGCGUUAACGUUAAAGUGACUUUUGGUAUCGUAUCAAUUAAAGAUUAUGACGAAAUUCAAGGUACGUUAACUUUUAUUGCUAUACUGGGAUUAGAAUGGUUUGAUUUAAGAAUGGUUUGGGAUCCUAUUUUCUACGGUGAUGUGCGUUACAUAGACGUCGGCUACGACAAGGUUUGGGUUCCAGACAUGUAUUGUGUAAAUUCAGCGACUGGCUUUGAGCCAGUGGGUACUGCGAAGGAAAGAGUUACAUACUGGCUGCAAGGAUAUGCAGCAUACGCACCUGGGGCACUCUUCACCGUGUCAUGUCCGGGCAAUAUGGAGAAAUAUCCGUUUGAUACACAAACAUGUCAUAUAUCAUUUAAUGUUUGGAAUUAUAGAGAGGGAGAGGUGUCGCUGUAUCCGGCAUCUGAUGCCAUUAAUAUUGACUCAAUGAAUAAUAAUAAUAUGUGGUCAGUGAUAAGCACACGUUUCAUAUUGAACCCAGGCGGUACUCAGCUAGACUUCUUCAUGGAAAUAAAAAGGAAGUCAAAAUUUGUUACAGUAAAUGUUGUAGUUCCACUGUUUUUCUUAACUUGUUUGAACAAUUUGGUAUUCUUGCUAGUUCCUGAAUCCGGAGAGCGAAUUUCAUUAUGUAUCACGGUUUUACUCUCAAUAUCGGUGUAUCUAACCAUUCUGAAUCAGUCACUUCCCCAAAGCUCGGAACCAGUACCAAUCAUAUCAUAUAAGGUUAUUGCUGAUUUAGCGGUCAGUUACCUUAUCAUGCUAACGGUAAUAUUCAACCUGAAGCUUUACAAUAAGCCAAAUGAUGAAAGAGUCCCGCAUUAUCUUAAAGCAAUGCAUAAUAUUUUGGAAUGUACUUGCAAAAAAGCAAAACACGUCGCGUCAAAUUUCAAAAACAAGGAAACAGAUUCAAGUGAUACAGUUGGAACUGUAGGGAAGCCCGAAGACAACAAUCAACUGAAAGCACCUCUUGAAGAUGAUAUACCAGAUGCCGAUAUAACAUGGAAGGACAUCAGUGCAUCAAUGGAUAUUGUGUGUUUCAUUUUGUUUGGCAUUUGUACUUUAUGUAGUUUCUACGUUUUCUUACGGACAACAUAUUUUGUCUAAUUUCGUGCCUUGUGACACAUGAACAUUAUCACACCAAUAUCAAUGUAAAACGUUUUGAACUGUAUGUAUCACAAGUAAGUUAUAGGAGGUUUGUCCGGAAAAUCCGUAGACAACCGAUAUUUCUUAUUAAUUCCAUUUUUCUAAACAUUUUUUUUAUGUUGUGCGCACCCAUGAUCAUAAUUGCAUACCUUGAUUACGAUAAAAACAUGAAAUUGAUACCGGCACUCGUGUGAUCGUUUCCGUGGCAACCUUGUUAAGGGGUUCCCGGAGCACGUCAAAAAUAGAGAAAUUUACCUGUGUCCUGCGCCUUCGUUCUAAAUUGGGUAUUUGAAGUGUUAAAAUCGUACUUACAUUAUCAUUAGCAUCUAUUUCGAAAUUGAAACAUUGUUGUAAUUGACUACAUCAAUGUAAUAACGCUCUGUUAUUGGUUCGCCUUUGUGUCUCCAGUUUUCUUUAUGUGGUCCUUUUUUAAAUUUGUUACUGGAUAUUGUAAGGGCUGCGUGCAUUAAAUAUCUCAUUUCUUUGUUGAUCUUUGUCCUCAUAUCUUUCGUUCUAAUCCAUUUCCACAGUGUAAAUAGCCUAAUAUACAUACAUAUUAUAUGAUGCAUUUGUGUAUGUUUUGUAAUAAAAUAUAUUUAUGAAUGUAUUCAUGAAAUGUAUUUAUAAAAUGAAGGGAAAAUGAGACAAGAUAUAAUUAUUUGAAGGAAUAAGUUCUUAUAUCGGGGAAUAUUAAGUAUUGAAUGGUAUUGUAGCAUUCUUUGAACAAGAAGUAGAAUAUUUUCGCGGGGUUUUCAUCAUAAAUGAAAGUGAUCAAGGGAGAAAAUUAUAUUUUUGUUGGCUCUUUUCAUUUUAUCUUCGUUGCAAUACGUAUCUAUAGCAAACAAUUUUUAAACGUUCAUGAGAUAUGUUAUACAGGAAAAACACUUAUAUUAAAUGUAAAAACGUUCAAGUACAUGUACAUAUUUUUCCGGACAACAUACGGCGAAUGUUAUUGAAAAUAAUUUGCCAUUUGUCAUUUACCAUGUUCCACUUUAUAUAAAAUGAUUAUAAUACCUAUACUUUAACACUGCGUUCUUCUUAAGCUCUUUUGCGAUUCAAAAGAUU